AUGUUGGUAACGUUGGAUUCCGCCGCCGCCGCCAAGAAGAUCGACCACCUUGGCAUGAGUCCAUUCCACAUACUUACCUCGUCUGCAAACCUUCGAGAGGAUAUUUUCAAAUACAUUCUUUCCGGACUCGAUUAUCUCGAAGCGCAUCAAUGUUGUUGGCAGAAAGAUUACCAAGGCAAGACUUGUAUCGACUACUUGCUGGAGCAACCCCGGCGAUCCAAUGAAGUGUCGAACUCCAUGAUUCAAAUGAUCCUCAAGAAAUCAGUGCAGGAUCGAUUGCUGGGUUGGGGUUUGGAAAGCUGGCGAUUGGAGAUGUCUGGCACCAUUGAUCGGAUAUGCACGAAUGAGGAUGCCGACGCAAACAAGGAAUUGGUGGACGAAUUGUACAAAAAAUGUCUAAGUAUGAGGAGCAUGAGAACAUAUCUAUGUUAG